AUGAGUGUUAAUCCAAAAAAUUUUAGUGACCAUAAGUAACAAGGAAGUAAAGAUUCCUAUUCAAAAAUACAUACACCAAUUAAACGAAAAUUAUCUGAAUAUGUAUUAUAGAAAUAAAGCUCUUAUGCAUAAAUACAUAAACCUGAAAGACAAAAACAAAAAUCAAACCCUGAUAUUUUAUAAUUACUUAAGAAAUAUUCAAAGUGUCAUACUAAUCAAUCUUAACAUCAACUUCCUAAUUAAAAGGAUAUUGUUAGCAAUCAAUAAAUAAAAAAACAUAAAACAGUCCAUAAUAAUGAUGCGUCACCUAUUAGAGUUAGUUAAGAAGCCUUGCCAUUGAAAAAUAUUUUAAUUAAUAGAAAGAGAACUAGCAUUAGUGAUAGAGAUAUUACACUUCUAAAGUUGCAAGAAUUAAAAAGGAAAAUUUAAGAAAAAGUUCCUAAUCCUCUUGAAAUUUUGGGACCAGAAACAAAUCCUAUUUCAAACAGAAUUACAUUUUAAGCCUCACUUUAAACAGAGGAAUCUAAAUUAAUAUAAAAAACUAUUGAUACUCCUGGUACAGCAUAAUUUAUGUAAUCAAAUCGAGAUGAUAAUAUGUAAGAACCAAGAAAUCCAUUUGAAAGAAGAAAUUCUUAUUAAGAUAAUUAAACUUUGCAAUAAACAAAUAUCGAUUUAUUUUUUGGAAAAAGAAAACCAUCAUGUUGUGAAGAUAAUUUUAAACCUGUUUAAAAAACAUAAUAAAAUUGUAAACCCUAUUUUGAAUCUAAUAAAGGAGAAGAAUUAUAAAAUAAUAAUUUUACAAAUAGAUUAGAAUGUAGAAAAAUUAUGAUUAUACUUGAUUAAGAUAAAGAAAAGAUAUUAGAUUAAAUAGUUUUGAAUCCUAUUGAAAUUCAUAAUUCUCCUACUAGUAGUGUUUGGGAUAAAGCAUUAAAAAUAGAUAGAUUAGAGGAAUAAUUGGGAAAACAAAAAACAGAAGAAUCUUUAAGUAUUAAAUGCUAAUAAAUUAUAUCAAAAAGAGGAAGCGUCAAAAAUGAAAAUACAUCAUAUUGGAAAUUGAGAGACUUGGAAUUUAAACAGAAAAAGAAAUGA